AUGGGAUUUUACAGUCGGUAUGAAAGCACUGGAAACCCACGGUUCUUUGAGGUAUACGGCAGCAGCGCGCGGCUGGCGUUUAGUCGCCACUUCGUCGUGGCCCAUGUGGACGGCUUUCUCUACGUACUAGACAAAUAUUUCUGCAUAUCGCGUCUUGUCCCAGCCCGUGCGAAGAGUCCUGGCCCAACACCUCACACACGGGGAGCCUCUACUAGGGCACCGGUUAGGGGAGCCAACUGGGAAGCAAAUCGCAAUGCCGGAGAGGACGAUGGCAGGCCGUUAACUUCGGAGCAAGCACCUCCAGAUGAUUGUGGGAAUCAACCAUGUGUUGACGAGGAUCCCCCCGAAGGAGGACAGUUACUUCUCCCAGUCCGAAUUGCGGAUGUCUUUUCAACUCUAUUCCGAACUGACAGACCCGUUUUCUCCCAGCUACUAACCGGUUGCAACCAAUAUGAUCAGCGACAGCUCCAGGAGCUACGCCAGAAGAGUCUUCUACUGAGCAACCGUCACGAUGGGUACUUAUAUCUUUUUCUCAAGAAGUUCUUGAUACGCAUCUCAUUGAGAGGCACAGUUACCGUGGUAGGGGACCUACUGAAGCUGGCAGUGGCCGCUGCGAGUCGUAUUCGUGCUAAUUGCUCGCCGGAUACCACUUUUGGAGGGGUAACUGCGUCAGUUCCGCCCUCACAUCUUGUGGUCCACAAUGCUUUAGUGAGGCGGAGAAGAGGCCUCUCCCCAGUUCGUCAAUUGUGCAGCGUCCGUCAACUUUGCCGCGAGAUGGGCCAUGAAGAGAGCUUUCACCACGGUAGACUUGGUGUGGUCACACGAGACUGUGAGAACAGCGCACAGACUCACCUAACUUUAACUGGAGAAGAGCAUAUUGGGUCUCCUUCCUCAGAGAAUGCAAUUCCACAACUGUGGCAGUAUUUGAUGAGUGUGCACGAGAGACUGCAGCUGUGUAACGCAUCAGAGCAAUCAACAUUAGAGCAAUCGACAGGCAUGUCAAGUGCAACAAAGCGCCUGCAAGAAUUCUCCGCUUGCCAAGGGGAAAACUGGGAAGUAAACAACUGCUGUAUCGAUGGUGAAGGCCACUGCUUUUUCACUGUUGCUCGCAAGAAGUUUGCAUCUCCAGUCGAAGAAAGAGGAAUGAUCUUCUGUUUGGACACGAAAGGCCCUGCAGUCCGCGUCAGAGCUCUACGCUUUGGUCGAGGGAUCACCCAAAAUGCUGUGAUUAGCCUCUCGUUAGCAGCCCAUCCCAAAAGUGGAUGCAUUCUCAUGGUUGCAAAGAGUGCUUCAGAAGUUCGUAACGGCUCACUGAACCCUGUUACUGCCCCUAUGUUUCCAUCACCCGGAAGUAGCGAUCUACCAAGAGAUGAGGCUGUUGCAAGGGAGGCUUCGUACGGAUGGCGUGGCCCCUCAGACCGUCCAGCGAUUGAGAGAAGAAAACCCUCUAAUGCGGUAGGCGAGGAGGGGGAAUUCGUGGCAGAGUCGAGUUCAGCUGGAGCUAUGCCGCGCGGCGUACCCCUAUCUGCCCCCGACACAAGGGCUGUUGGCCAAAGCAUGCAGGGCCCGCAGCAGAGCAACGGCAACAGAUCGCAACGAAGCCGUAACCAAAUUCCAGAAUGUCGGCCUCAUCAAAACGAGGUUGAUAUAUCUCCCACAGACACAAUUGACAAUAUAGAUGUGGAUCACGCGCAGCACACUGUGGCUAGAGAUAAUGUUUCCACGAGUAACUGGGCAUCGUCAUCGUCGGGCAACUUCGCAGCUACGCGUGGGCAGUCAAGUACAGCGCAGGAUGAUGGGCAGCAAGCGCUUGAUGGAGCGGAAAUGCAAGCAGCACCAGACGAACAUAGUACAUGGUGGUUUUGCCCUUGCGACAACGACCCAACUUUUUUUUUUCCAGUCGCGGAGUGCAUCGACGAUGAGGCGAUCCACAAGGCAGCGCAGUCCAUUUGCCGCCAGUUUCGAGGGAAUUCAAGCAGCAGCGUAUGCCGGACAUGCUUCGAAGACGAUGGUGAAACCACCAUACGGGAUGCGAAAUUCGCGGCUACAGCAGCACGCACGGCAGAGCUAACGAUAAUGGCAACAGCGCAAGCUCAAAGACAGCGGAAAUGUGGCGUCGGACUAAUGCAGGCUGCAUCAGCUGCAGAAACCGAUGGGAUGAGCGAAUCCCUAGAUGCUGAAGAGGCGCUGCGUGCUGCUGCCUCUCAGGCUAUCAAGGAAGCCGCUUUGGCCGCAUCCCGCGUUGAAUCUGCAAAACGCAGUGGGUACAUUUUGUGGCAGCCUGGUGUGAAGGUUCGACGGCCGAAGACAAAAGAAGAAGCAAUCAGUUUUGGAUCAGCAAUACUUAUCCGUGUGCGUAUAACAGAGCGCGUGAAGGAAUCCCGCCCAAGGUUGUCAGCAGGACCAUCGAAUCGUUUGCGACCGGUAAACGCGUUUGAUUCCAUUACUGGCGAACUGAUAGCCGUCAUCAGCCAAGAUGCACGGCAUGUAGAAGUGCGUGACGCUCUUCCUUCGCCGUUGGGCCUGAUUGUUGUCCCAGCCGAGGCUGCAAACCGCAUAGUUAAGCAGCAGCCUGAUGGUGCUUCCGGAAGAGUAACAAGUCGCAACAGUCUUUCACUCACUUCGUUUCUGGCCUCCUUUCUUUCGGGAAGCCCAGCUGCUGCCUCUGAAAGGGACGAUCUGGGUGGUGCGACCACUCCCCCUGUCCAAGGUGGCAUUGAAGAAUUCAGGUCCCUUGCUGCUGAUGGACAGCUGAACGAAUUCCCUUCGGCUGGGGGAGCAGCUCCCCUGUCUGCUUUUGCAUUGCCGGACAACAUCUACCAGCGAUCAAUCCCAGCCGUGAAUAUUGUAUUUCUUGUUGACACUUUGCGCGUGUGUCGAUUUGUGGACACGUAUCCUGCACAUGACAAGAAGAAUGAUGAUGAACAGGUACAUGUCCGGGACCAACGCUUACUAGGCCUUGCAGAUGCAGCAGGUGUUGUGGAAGAGCCUUUCUUUGAUUCCCUUGGCGAUUUACACAAGUCCGAGACGAGCGUUUUGCAUCAAGCCGCCGUAUUCGGAGAUGAUUUUGUCAGUUGUGCAAAAGACGGUUCCGUUCCUGAGUCGAGAAACGACAAUUUGUGCACAUGUGGAACCGCGAGCAAGCAUUAUGGAGGCUGUGACGUUCCCGGUUUACAUUCACAGUUUUCCGAUGUGACUCUUCUUUGCGCGGGUGGCUGCGAAAUACCGUCUCAUCGCGCUUUGCUGGCGGCGCGUUGUUCAUUUUUCGAGGCCAAGCUAACGCGCCCACACUGGGAAGCUCAGGGGCCCGAUAAAGCUGUGAUUGACUUGCGCGCCUUCUUAGGCUCAGUCGUUGCAGCGACUGUACGGUUCUUCGAGACGGGCUACUUUAUCAUUCCUCCUUCAUGCUGCUGCCGGCACUGUUGUGUUGAACAAGGGAGCCGUGUCUACUCAUACCAGGCUCCAACGCAAAGAGGUCUCCCGCCAUAUGAGUCUCAUUGUUGUUGCAAGGUAGACUGGGUUCUGCAAGCCUACACAUUUGCGUCGUACUGUCUUCUUCAAGAUCUGAAGGCUGAGCUACUCGCUGUCCUGGCCCGCCUGAUAUCUCAGCGCACGUGUUUGUAUGUGCUAACUCACCCAGCUGUGCGUAACCAGCAACAGAUAUUACAGCUUGCUGCUCACCAGCUUGUGUUUCACAUGCCAAUGCCGAGCCUCCUUCUUGAUGUAAGGCACUGCGCAGAAGCGGAUUUGGAGUCGACUGACGACGCUUCACAAAGUGCCAAAGCAGAGUCCGCUAUACGAGGAGAUGCGGAGCUUCAACAUAGGAGGAAGCCCAUGCUUCCUCUUUUGCUUAUUGACGGAAUCUACGACGCUGUAAUAAAGGCCCUCAGUGCUUGGGUCUUGGACUCUAAAAAGAACAUCAUUUUGUUCUCGAAAUUGCACUUUGUUCAAAAUGGUGAAGCAGCGCCACCCACUAUGCGACCGCGCCAGCUACUGGUGUUGCUUGCUCUCAGACUUCUGCAAGAGAGUAUAGUCGCGCCUUCAUCUAGCAUCAGCAUGGGCAGGGAUCCACCAAGCAGCCCAUACGGGGCAUUCAGGAGCACAUUCAUUUGGGAGUCCAGUCGGUCCGUCACAGAGAGCAGCUGGCUGCCUUCUUGGGACUUCCAAAUGGAAAGUAAUUCUCUACUCGUUCCGUUGCGCGACUCGCGUGACGCAGUGCGUCACUUCUUGUUUAGAGACAUCGUGCUUUUAUGGGGUAAAGUGCUACACGUUCCUGAAGAAGAGGCGAAGGCUGUGGCGCAGGGCCUGGAGGAUUCGUGCCUUCCGUAG